AUGCCAUUCUCUUCAGCCAAAAUAGCUUCGGCAGCUGAUUCUGAUUCACGACUGUCUCCGCCUGAGUCUGCACAUACUCGAAACCUGGCAGCUUUCGCAAACACGUCGAAGACCGAAGACGGUGUCACGGAACUCAAUCACUUUCCAACGACGGACGAUGCCCGCCCCGCAACAGAGAAUGGUGGAUACCGGCUCACUGCCGCCUACAAAGAAGCCCUCUAUAGCUUCAACAAACAAGCAGUCGAAGCUAUUCAACAGGCCGACGGGGUGGGGGAUUUGAUCAAGAGCCUAGACCAGAAGCGGGACGAGCUGCGCAAGGAUUCGUGGUUCCGUAGAGGCCUGGAUUUGCUACAUGAGCCUCUGAGGAGACUAAAUCUUCUCCUUCCUCUGGGCAAAGCCUUCGCCAGCCUAGAUCCCACAGCAGCCACAGCCUUUGGCAUCGUGGCAACUGUCAUCGGCAUUGCUGUCGGCGCUUGUGGCGCCGUGGAAACAAUCAAGGAUAACAUCCAGCAAAUGCUGGACUAUGUACCAAUGAUCCAACAAUGCGAUGAUCUAUGUGAGGCUGGAGGGUCGGAAGCAAUUUAUCAGGCACUAGUUAAGGUCUACAAAGAAUUGAUAGAGUUCUAUCUCGUCACUUCGAAAUCGCUCCGUUCGAGUGCUAGGGCAACCGUGGAGCAACUUGGCGGCGAACUUGCCAGGGCGACCGGCCGCUUCAAUGCAGCUGCUGAACGUCUUUCAAGAACAAUCAGCAUUGCCACCCACCAAAGGCUUCAGCAAACAAAUGACCUGCUCAAGGACCAUCAUGUGGGGAACCUGCUCGGUCACACCAAAUUCAAGGCCAUAGAGAUGUUCCACUUCGAGAUGAAAGAGCUUCGAGCCGACCAGGCUUGUGAGUGGAUCCUCAAAGACCGCAAAUUCCGCGCCUGGUUAGCAUCCGAUAGUUCUCAAUUCCUGACCUUCUAUGGCGAUAUGGGGUGCGGGAAGACGGUCGCCGCAUCUUAUGUCAUCGACUACUUACAGGGAGUCUUUCCUCGGACUUUGGUGCUGUACACAUACAGCAGAACGCAGGCGAGCACCAACACUCUCGAAAGCAUCUACAUGAGUCUGCUCAUUCAGCUGGUCGAGAGGGAGCGGCGUCUCAAGUUGGCGUUCAAAAGGUUGUACGACGAAGAGAAACGGUUGAGCCUCUUUGUCGACCCUAUGUGCUCUACGCCUGCUCUGGAAAGUCUCCUAAGGGAAGGCCUCAAAUUCUUUCUUCGGCCGCUAUACAUUGUGCUCGACGGUCUCGACGAAUGUGACGGCAGUACCUGCAAACGCAUCAUCGACUUCUUCAACCAGUUGUGUGCAGAGCACCAAGCAAGCCCGAGCCCUCUACAUGUCAAAGUUCUGGUCUCCUCAAGAGUUCAGGAGCCAAUAUACCAACUACUACGUGACUGCGCCACAGUAUCGUCAUUCCCGUCGCGCUCAGGCUCGGAUGACCAGCUUCGGAAGCGAGAUUCAAUCAUCGUGAGGCGUCACAUCGAGUUGAAGUUGGACGGCAUGUUAACUGAGGAAGUCAAAGACUGGCUACUCGAAAAGCUGCCCGCCCUUUCAGACGGGAACGCGAUCUGGAUCGACAUGGUGAUUAGAAACAUCCAGAAGAGCAGGAUGAGAAAUAAGGCCGCGCUCGGGUUAUUGAUGAACGCGCCACGCAACCUCGCCCAUAUGUAUACGGGCUUAUUCGAGCAUGUCGUGGACGGGCUCGACGAAAACAGACGCUUUCUUUCCGCCGCCCUUGAAAUACUUGUCACGGUUCGACGUCCGGUCGAUAUGGAGGAGCUGACCUAUGCCACGGCAGUAGCCUUGGCAACUGGAGACGCUUCAGCCCGCCGGCCAGCCUUGUCGAAACUGUCUUCAGUGGCUUCCUUGCCGGACAUUGAUGUACUUCGUCUCAAAGAUCUCAUUGGGCCCUUCGUAGCGUCGCUGCGGGAUAAUCCACCCUCCAACGAAGCCGGCAGGCCGAUUGCAAGGGAGCGGUUUGCCCCGCUUCACGCCUCGUUGACAGACUGGAUACUACUUGUGCAGCCCUCGGACUGGAAGGAUAACUUGAAAUUGGCUGAUUCAAAGUCAAGCGUGCGGGAGGACCUCCAAGGACACCGGAAACGAGCGAUGGAGGGCAAAAUGCUCAGAAUAUGUGCCACAUACCUUCUGCUGGACGAAUUCGGUGACUUAGAGCUUUUCAACGACUCACAAAAGCAGGCUGCAGCGAUACCUGACGGCUCUCUGCUGAAUAGCCCAUGUCCGGAUGACGAGGACAAGAACCACGAACCCGCCAUGAGUGUGAACGAAGACAGAUUCUUCGAUCCGGUGGAACAAGGCUUUGGGCCCCUUUUCGCUUACACGGCGAGCUUCUGGACCAGUCAUCUGCAGUCGGCACCAGCCGAAUCUUUGCCUUCGAUUGACCAGCUUCGAAAGCUCUCCGCGUUUCGAUCCAGGAGGUUUUCCAACUGGCGCGAUCAAUACCGCCGCCCGGACUGCACCAAAAGGGAGCAGCAUGAGAUGCUGUGUCAGGAUCCCCUGGGUAUUGUGGCCCUUUUUGGACCCCUCUCCCUGCUGAUGACGAUGGUGGAAGAGAGCGACUUUGACGACCACUACACGUUUCACCAGCAUUCGCUUGUCGAAGCUCUGAAACUUUCGCUCGACUAUGAAGACUUUGCAAAAUGUCACGUCUUGUUCCAGCACCCAAGCGUUCAAUACGACAAAUUCUUCCAGGAAGCCCUAGCCUGUUACCACAGAAAAAGAGAAGGGAUAGAGCAAAGGCCGCUCGCCCCUGAAUGGGAUACCCUAUUCGGCAUCGUCCAUGACAUCACCGCUUCCUUGACCAGGAACAAACUAGGGAACGCCCUCAUGUGCAACGCUGCUCGCUACGGCUGUUUGCCACUGCUCAAACACCUCCUCGAUGCCGCCGAGAAGAACAUCAUGCUUAUGGAGGUCGUGCUGACGCCCUGGCGCGAACACCCCGGAGCGGACCAGGGCACCGCGUGGGCAUAUCAUCAGUCGAUAGCCCGCGCCGCACGCUUCAGUCACGUCGAGACCAUAAAAUUCCUCCUAAGCUGGCCGGGGAUCGAGGCGCACUUUCUCCAUCGCGAUUCCUUUGGAUUCAACGUAUUCCACGUGGCCGCGCAGUCUCAAAGCUCCGCAGAGACGGUCGCGCUGCUUCUUAGUUACUCUAAUGUCGGCGUUGAUGCCGAGACAGUGCAGGGUGACACACCCCUCAACCUCUACGCGUUUGACCACAACUGCAAUCUCGAGUGCGUGCGGCUCCUGCUCGAGGUGGGCGGCGCAGACGUCCGCGGGGGUCCCGGGCCCCCUUCUCCCCUGCUGCGUGCGGCCAUGAACGGGAACGAGGCCCUUUGUCAUAUGUUGGUGACGGUAGGGAGAGCCGAUCCGCAGAGCGUGCUUUCUUUGAAUGCCGGAGAGGUUCCAGGGUUGUUGGCGAGUAUCAACUUCGGGAGUAUCGAUGCGGAGCAGCAGCGGAGCAUGGAGCGGAGUCUGCUAAAGUUACUUUGUGGCUUGGCUCACAUUGACGUUGGCUCGCAGCUACCUGCUGAUUAUGCACAGCAGUAG